GCUGUAGGGUGCGGUUUCUCGAGUCCAGCUGUAACCGGUUACCGGAGACUCUUGUCACACGGCAGCGCUGUAUGGUCAAACACUACAACAAUUAUUCUCCGGAGCGGCUUAAUGAUUAAGCUACAAUCUUCAAUGAGUAAGCAUAUUCCACAGUUCUGUGGUGUUUUGGGUCACACAUUUAUGGAGUUUCUGAAGGGCAGUGGCGACUACUGCCAGGCUCAGCACGGCUUUUAUGCAGAGAAGUGAACGGCUAGCCUUGCUACCUCAUCAGAAGAGAGACUUGUGUCACAGUUUUAACGUUGGCGGGAUCGGGCUUGGAGAGCAGGUGUCCACAGCAGUCGGCGGUUCUGGAUGGGGUAAAAAAAUCUCUUGAAGUUCACUGCCCUCGUUGGCCCAACGUCUUCACUCUCACCAGAGGACCAGCCUUGUUUUCUAAGGUUUUUAUUUUUGCUAUUAAUCCCGCCCACCUCUGGGUCAUACCUUUUUUCUCCUAAUUGUGUCCGACAGAUUUUCUUUUGUUAUUGGAGAGAGUUUCUCCCAUUUAAAAAAAAAAAUUAAGCUAUUUUGAAAAGUCAAAAAUGGCUCGUAUGAAUAGACCUGCCCCAGUGGAGAUCACUUACAAAAACAUGAGAUUCCUCAUUACCCACAACCCCACUAAUGCCACGCUUCACAAAUUCAUUGAGGAACUGAAGAAAUAUGGGGUGACUACGGUCGUUCGAGUGUGUGAGGCCACGUAUGAUGCAAACCUGGUUGUUAAAGAGGGUAUUCAGGUUCUGGAUUGGCCCUUUGACGACGGAGCUCCUCCUCCUAACCAGAUCGUUGAUGAUUGGCUAAAUCUUCUUCGGAUUAAGUUUAGGGAGGAGCCAGGCUGCUGUAUUGCAGUGCAUUGUGUUGCAGGCCUUGGAAGAGCCCCAGUACUGGUUGCUCUGGCCCUGAUUGAGUGUGGGAUGAAAUACGAGGAUGCUGUUCAGUUCAUCCGACAAAAGCGCCGAGGAGCAUUUAACAGCAAGCAGCUCUUCUAUCUGGAAAAAUAUCGUCCCAAAAUGCGUCUUCGAUUCAAGGAUUCCAACGGCCACCGCAACAACUGCUGCAUUCAGUAAAAGCUUGCAUAUCAGCCUUUCUCAAAUGUGUAAUGGGAGUUUGUAUCUAGCAUAAGUAGUUUGUUCUCUUAGUUGGUAACUGUGAAAAUACCGUUACAAAAAUUAAAGGGAUAGUUCACCCAAAAACGAAAAUCCUGUCAUCAUUUACUCACCCUCAUG